AUGCUGAGUCAGCACCAAAAUUCAUGGUUUUCCCCACACACCAUCAUCCAGAAAACGCUGAUAUCAUAUCAUACCCCACCAUCAGCAACUACCACCCUUGUUUUAUUUUCUCUUUAUAAUUUCGCCAUGAGCAAUCCGACACAAAUCUUCGGUGAGGAUGUAACGGAGGAGAGAGGAGAAAAUGCUCGGCUUUCGGCCUUUGUUGGCGCUAUUGCUGUGGGGGAUUUGGUGAAGACUACUCUGGGUCCUAAAGGGAUGGAUAAAAUAUUACAAUCAGCUUCCACCGGAGAAAUCAUGGUUACGAAUGAUGGCGCUACAAUCUUGAAGUCUAUAGCGUUAGAUAAUGCCGCAGCGAAGGUGCUUGUCAACAUUUCCAAGGUUCAAGAUGAUGAAGUUGGAGACGGGACCACCUCUGUUACUGUUUUGGCCGCAGAACUACUUCACGAGGCGGAGAAGCUCGUUGACCAGAAGAUCCACCCGCAGACUAUCAUUGAUGGGUAUAGGAUUGCGUCAGCUUCCGCUCUCGAGGCAUUGAAGAGAAGUGCUGUGGACAACAGGGCCAACACGGAGAAGUUUCGGGAAGACCUUCUAAGCAUUGCUCGGACGACCUUGAGCUCCAAGGUCCUGAGCCAGGAUAAGGAGCACUUCGCAGAGUUGGCGGUAGAUGCGGCCGGUGGAAAGCUCAGCGACUCCUACCUUGACGAGGGGUUUAUCCUGGAUAAGAAUAUUGGCAUCAACCAGCCGAAGAGACUUGAGAAUGCGAAGAUCCUCGUGGCGAAUACUGCUAUGGAUACCGAUAAGGUCAAGAUCUUUGGUGCGAGGGUUAAGGUGGAUUCUACGGGAAAGCUUGCCGAACUCGAGAAAGCAGAACGUGACAAGAUGAGGUCAAAAGUUGAGAGGAUCAAGGCUCAUGGUAUCAACUGCUUCGUAAAUCGUCAACUCAUUUACAACUGGCCCGAGCAGCUGUUCGCCGACGCUGGCAUAAUGUCAAUUGAACAUGCAGACUUUGACGGCAUCGAACGUUUGGCUCUCGUAACCGGCGGUGAGAUCACCUCUACCUUCGACCACCCAGAUGCUGUUAAGCUUGGCCAAUGCGGUUUGAUCGAAGAGGUUAUCAUUGGCGAGGACACCCUUAUCAAAUUUUCAGGAGUUGCGGCAGGCGAAGCAUGCACAGUUGUUCUGAGAGGGGCAACUGAACAACUUCUGGACGAGGCAGAUAGAUCUCUUCACGAUGCUCUUUCCGUCUUAUCCCAGACUGUCAUUGAGACCAGGACCGUCCUUGGCGGUGGGUGUUCCGAGAUGCUCAUGUCCAAGGCUGUUGAGAAUGCCGCACACAACACCCCCGGCAAAAAGGCCCUUGCUAUUGAAGCUUUCGCUAGAGCGCUCCGACAGCUCCCCACCAUUCUCGCAGACAACGCUGGAUUUGAUAGCAGUGAACUUGUUUCCAAACUUAGGGCUGCUAUACACAGUGGAAUGUCUAGUUCUGGACUGGAUUUAUACCACCCUGGGGGCCGUAUUAGCGACAUGAGGGAGCUUGGAGUGAUUGAAAGUUACAAGCUAAAGAGAGCCGUUGUUUCUUCCGCCUCCGAAGCUACCGAGAUGUUGCUGAGGGUUGACAGUAUUAUCAGAGCUAAGCCAAGAGCUGUAUAACCCCGUACAUCGUCUCACUUCAUUGUUGUUCUGGAGACUAAUGGAAGUUCCUACAGCGCGAUCGACAUUAAUGGAGGAAAUUGAGAACAGUUCCAUAUGAAAAGCAAUAGGUUCCUCUUUAAACAGGACUUUUGAUGUAAUUGAUACGAAAAAUCAGAAUUCCCGUUGCCUGU